UUAAGAUCCUGUUUAUAUUGAUGAAGAUGUCUUUUUUUAAAGUUUUAUAUACACGUUUGUAUAUAAUUACUGUGGUGUUCUCUAAGUACGUUUAGUGAUCUUUGAAAGAAGUACAUUUGCUCUAUAUUCAUUCUGGAUUGUUACUUGGUACCUCUUCGUGCUUGUAUAUAUGUCAUCAUUCGUACAAGGUCUCUUUCUGUCAUAAAGCCCCUAACGUUUCUACGGAUAUACAUUCCUGACUUUCAAAUGUUUGGAUUUGAGCGUUGCUGAUGAAGGUGAAUCCAGAGGAGUGCUUCGGACGGACAGAAUCUAUAAGGGCUAUUUUUAGAUGAUCUGACGCAGAAUUCUUGCUAAUUAUGAACAAUAUACACAGAUGUACAGCCAAAAGAAUAAAAUGGUUCAUCGUAUUUACUGUUCUGUGUAGCUUAGUUAUAAGCAUUCUAAAUAUUUUCUUCAUUUGUGUCCAUCACUGGUGUGCGGAACAUCAAUUAAGUAAUUUAACAUAUACUAAGUAUGCUGACAAGCACUGGGCAAGAUUGUAUGUACAAAGUGUAACGCCAAAUCUUAAAACCGCUGUCGAGUAUGCUGUUGUCACAAAGUCAAAAGAUAUAUCACAAGAUAUUAUUAGCAAAUUACCAAAUAAAUAUAUAUUUAAACCAAACCAUAUGUCUGGUGGAUUAGCAAUUAUUGAGGGAAACAAAGUAACUAAAUGUACAUCAGCCUAUUACAGAAAUUGUCCAUCGUGUAAAGGAAUAGAUUUGCUACAAUGUUUGCAGAAGAUAUGCGAUCUCUGGUUACAAAUUGUGUUUAACCCUGGAAAAGAAAAAUAUUACCAGUAUAUACCACCUAAAUGUAUGUUUGAAGAGUACCUAGGCUCUAGUGGGUUUCCUAUGGACUAUAGGGUGUUCACAUUCCAUGGUAAACCCUAUUUCAUUCAGGUUGACGAAACAAAAGAUGGACGUCAUACUCACGACUUUUUCACGCCAAAAUGGAAGCGGAUACAAAUGAGAGAGGUGCCAGAAAUUUAUCCCGUUAACUCUUUAGCUAAACAGCCUCCGUUCUUUCAGGAAAUGUUGCGAUACGCAGAAAUUUUAUCUCAGCCAUUUAUCAUGAUGCGUAUGGAUUUCUUUGCUUUUGAUGACCAGUAUGUUUUUGCAGAAUUUACUCCAUCACAUCAUGGCUGUAAAGGCAGAUUUAUUCCUUCAGUCAUAGAGAAUUAUUAUAAUUUGGUUAUAGACAACCCGUCUGCGUACUCGGACCCAGAAGUUGUAUUACAGUUGAAAUAAUAGUAAAUUAUAUAUAAAUGCUUUUAUAAAGUAAUCAAAUAUGCACAUUCAUGGCUCUAUAUUCUGUCGAUACCUGUAUCUCGGCAUUGCACAAGCUCAUGUUUUUCUCUGACCGAUUAAGACGUUUUUACACCAAAUCCAUUGGAUGUGGGAUGUGUAAUGAUUGAUAUUUUAGUCUUAGAUACAUGAUUUGCUUUA